GAAGCUGCGGACGCAAUAUUUUGUGCGCAUCAUCAGAGUGCUUAUCGUUGAACCGUCGCGAUUCUAUCGGUGACACGAGGCGGACGAUGUCGUAUGUAGCGCACAGCUUCUGCGUCUGCCAGCGCCAGGACUUGGCCAGGACUCUCACACUCUUCCAUCGCCGCCGUUCAAGCUGGCCGCGCGGUCGACCUCAGUAACCUCCUUCAGGCCCGUCUCUCGUGGAUGGCAUGCACCUCGUUGUCGACGGGGACUCAUAAUGCGACUGUGAAUGCAGAUGUCAGCGUCCAUGUACGCUGCCCGGCCGAAGACGCGCAUAGCAGCCUGGAAGUCAGUGGAGGAUGUGCAUGCCCUGCGGGCAUCUUACGCCCCGGAUCAAGUUCACACUCAAACGUGGGGGUACAACAGUCGCAGUUCACCCUUCACCUCAGCUCCCCCGAGACGGCUUUCCCGUGCUGUGCAAUACCCAUGACGACACCGACGCCGACACUCAUGGCCCGGGCACCUGUUGUCAUGCAGUCCACUGUAUUUAUCAACAGUACGGCUUCGAGUUCUGAAGUCCCUUCGGUGAUACGGACGACGAUGUAUACGUCGGCGUCGUCAACACCCGUCUCUCUGCACAGUGCGCUAGGACCUCUGCUGGGCGGGCUGUUGGGCGGGUUCUUUGGUCUGAUGAUUAUCGUAACCAUGUUGUGGUGUCUCUGGCACAGGCGGCACGAUAUUUUCCGCCGCACUGACUCACUUGAAAACGCACCGGAGAUCGACCACAAGCACUCAGAGCAAUGGGGCCGGCGACCAUCCGCUCCCCCUUCGCCUACGCCGACCCCGCAGCCAUACCAGUACGGCUUGAUCGGGCGCCCGCAAUCCACCACCUCUGGAUCGAGUGGACCGCAUUCGCGCUCGCACUCGCCGUCAGUGCUGACCAUGUAUAGUCCACCGCCGUCAGCCUCGAUGCACUUCACGCCUGUUCCUGGCUCGAGCACCGCGAUUUCCCCCGGUCCCAGCCUGGCAUCUUCGUCGCGCGCAUCGACGCCAGGGCUGUAUCCGCUCGGGCUGCAGCAGUAUCGCUACGAGCUGCAGCAGCAGCAAACGCAGCAGUACCAACAACAGGCGCGGGUGUCGUGGCCACGAUACGGGGGAUCGGAAGACGGAAACGACGGGCGACGGUCGCCCGUGCUGCGCCCGCGCAGCGAGCGCAGGCCGUCGCGGCUCUCGCUGACGCUGGCGAACUGGAACCCAGCGACGGACGGGGACCUGGAGGCGAUGCGGGAGGGCGAGAACGGCGAGCGUGACGGGCUGGGGGAAAACGCCAGCGCGGACGCGAGUGCGCGGGACACCAGCGAGGCGGACGAGACUCUGGGGAGCUCUCAGCAGACGUUGGACGCGGGUACGCGCGAGACAUCGGGUCUCGGCUCGAGCGCGCCGACAACAUAAGCUGGUAUGAUGGAGGACGUCAUACCCCCUCUUGCCGCCAGCGCGAUAUCAUCGGCUUGCUUCCCCUAUCAUAUCAGCCACCCUCGCCAUCCCAAAUUCAUGCUGGACGGCUGAGGCUAUUUGUACACGGCGCGGGUCUUGGACUCUUUCGCUUUCUGGAUAGACCAACACCUUGCAGCGCUUGUCGAGCAGUCGCCGACAUGCGUGUUUUUAUAAUACUGUGCUUUCGACGGACUAUGUACGACGCGCGCUAUCGCAGCACUCCAAACAUAUGUAUAGAUUUUGAUUGAUGC